AUGAAUGCUAAAGAUAUUCGUUUUAUGGAUUUAAAUCAUAUUAAUGAUAUUUUGCAUUUGAUGGGACGUGAUAUUAAUGAAUAUAAUCUUAUCCCUAAGAAAAUUAAACCUUCAGCUGCUAUCAGAGAAACCAAUGACUGUCAGUUUGAAAGAAAUAUCAUUGUUAGAGAAGAAGAUUUGCUUCUAGAGAUAAAAUUAAAUACUGAACAGCGAAAAGCGUAUGACACGAUUCUUCAUAGGAUAUUUUCUAACAAAUCAGGAGCAUUUUUCGUCGACGGGCCUGGAGGAACAGGAAAAACUUUUCUAUAUCGUGCUUUAUUAGCUGUUGUACGAUCAAAAUGUUUUGUCGCUUUAGCAACAACAAGUUCAGGUGUUGCAGCUUCAAUCCUCCCAGGAGGAGGAACUGCUCACUCCCUAUGUAAAGUGCACUUGCAACUUCAAAUACGUGAUGCAAAACUGAUUGUCUGGGAUGAAGUAUCUAUAUCAAAAAAGAAAGUGAUAAAAACUUUUGAUAUUCUCUUGAAAGAUCUAAUGGAUACAAAUGCUCUAUUUGGAGGAAAAGUGGAAAUCCGAUUAUCAGAAAAUAUGCGUGCAAAGACAGAUCCUACCUUUUGUGAAUAUUUGAUGAGAAUUGGAAAUGGACCAGAUAAAACAAAUAGCCAUGACAAAAUUGGAAUCCCUGAUUGUUUUGUUAUCCCUUUCAUUUCUGAAAAUCAAUCAUUAGAUCUGUUGUUUAGAGUUACUUAUCCAGAUCUACAUACAUGUUUUUCCGAUGCAUCUUCUAUAACUUCGCGUGUAAUUCUGACAACCAAAAAUUACUUUGUUCAUCAAAUAAAUGAUUUGCUCAUAGCUCAAUUUUCUGGUGAUCCUAAAAUAUAUGUUGCAUUUGAUGAGACUAUGGAAGCAAAGAUCGUCAAUAUGAAGAUUUUUCGCAUACUUUACAUCCUGCUGGUUUACCUCCCCAUAAAUUGA